CUCGUUGUUCUUGUUUUCCUGUUUCUAAUUGAGCGUGGUUUAUUUAAAUUCUGUUUAAUAGAAGUUCUAUAUUUGGAAGUUAGUUGAUUUUUCAAGAAUGGCUUAUAAUCGUAAACCAAAUGAAACUAUAUUAGCACUAUAUAUCGUAGAUGCUUUUACAAAACAAUCAUUUAAGGGAAAUAGUGCUGCUGUUUGUUUACUUCCGUAUCAUCAAUCUAUUUCAAGUAAAAUGAAACAAAGUAUUGCCUUAGAAAUGAAUUUAUCAGAAACAGCCUUUGUCUCAAUAAUUGAAGAAGAGGAUACUUUUGAAAAUGCAAAGCAUUUUGCACUUCAGUGGUACACGCCUACAUGCGAGGUGACUCUUUGUGGCCAUGCAACUCUAGCUUCAGCUGCAGUCCUUUUUUCUGUGUACAACAAUCACUCGGACAUUUUGGAAUUUGAUACAGCUAGUGGCAUCUUGACAGCCAAAAAAUUACCAAAUGGAAAAAUAGAAAUCAAUUUACCUGCAUAUGAAUCUUCUCCUGUGGCAAUAGAAAAUUAUGAAGGGCUUAUCAAGGCUGCCAUUGGAUCUUGCCCUUAUCAAGAAGUAGUGUUGUCUGACUCUGAAAAGUUAUUAAUACGUUUAAGAGAUGAUUGUACAAGGCAAAGGUUGGAACAGUUAAAGCCACAAGAUGGUGAACUUUUGGCUGCAUCUUCGGAUGUUAGAGGUGUUAUUGUAACUUUGAAAGGAUCUGGCAUGGAUGAUUGUCUUGAUGGUGAUGGAAACGCCUAUGAUUUUAUAUCUCGUUAUUUUGUGCCAUGGCUCGGAAUAUCAGAAGAUCCUGUCACUGGAUCUGCUCAUUCUGUGCUUGCACCAUAUUGGGCUAAAAUUUUAAACAAGAAUGCCUUAUAUGCUCGACAGUGCUCACCUCGAGGGGGUGAAUUACACAUGGAAUUAGCAAAGAAUAGAGUUUUCAUCAGUGGAGAUGUAGUUGUAGUAGUCAGAGGACAGAUAAACUUUUGAUUAUUAUGAUUGUUAUUAUUUUAAUCAAAAUUUUUACUCUGUCUUGAACACUGUAAAUGACUAUUGCAUUUUUGUUACAGUGCAUUUAAAUCAAAUUAUUUCAUUUUAAUAUUUGUAAUUCUAAUAUAAAGUUAAAUAUGCAGAAUUUUAAAUUGACUUAUUAAUUGUAAAGUUUUUAAAGUAGUAGUUACAGAUGCAAGAUAUUUAUAUAUAUUUAUUUAAUAUAUAUUAUUUGUAGAGCUGAUCGAAUGUGUGAUAAAUAAUGCACUUGUCUAAGAUUUAAAAAAAAAGUUAAAAGUAUGCCAAAUUAAAAUAUGAUAAAUAAAUUAAUCAUAAAAAGUAUUCUGAAAAUUCAAACUUUUAUAUUUGCUUUAGAUAUAGCUAUCUGUUGGCAUGGUGUGUUUGUUGCAAAACAAUUUUAAUUCAUUUGUGUUGGACAAAACUUGUACUGGACUUGGAUUUUGAGAUACAAAAUAUGGUGUUUAUGAUAUCUAUAAAUCUCUUCUGUCUUAAGAUCUCUUUUAUUUAUUAUCCUUAUUAAGAUAGGAUCUUAUAAUAAGAUCUAUAUAAAACUUCAUUCUCAUGUCCUUCUUUGAAGUGAUGUUUUUGUGAUUUCUUGUGCUUUCUUAGGCUGUGUGUAUUUGAUGUAAAGUAUAUUAAAUAUGUUUUUUAACAUAGCUAUACAAGGUCACAUAUUUAUUAAAUUCUAAAUAGAAUUACGUUUAUUGCUAAUUGCCAAAUGCAGAGAAAGUGUAAUUUGUUUCUAAAUCCUCCUUCCCCCAAGAAAAGGAAGUCUUUUACUCAAAGAAUGAGUAAAAAUAUAGAAAAAGACCCAGCUAUAGUGAACAGUCAUCUUUUUUCCAUUCAGUUCAUCUUACAAGUGCAGUACCAUGAAGUUCUUAAUUGCAUUUGUAGAAAGAUUUUGAAUAUUAAAACAAAAAUCAAAAUUUCAACAUUAGAAGCAUCUGUAGCAAUUCUUUCAAUGUGUUGGAACCCUUAAAACCCUUGUGACUUUGUAUGGUUAGUGAUUUUGUGAAGUUUCUCUGCAGCACAGCAUUUUGUUUUUGUGAUCUAGUGAUGGGUCACAACAGAGCAUUUAUCUAAACUAUUUGAGUAAACUAGAACUUUUGCUUGAAUACCUAUGUGUUCUUUUUUACCAGUUUUGAAAUAUUUCUGCAAGUGCUUCAUUAAUCUUCAGGUAUGAAUUAGUAUCUGUCAUAAUUGAGGGAUUAUUCUAUUAGUCGAAUAUAAUUCUGAUUCCAGUACUCAGUUUUAGAGAAUCUGCCCACGGUAACCUUUCUCUGUAGAAAACAAUUUCCUUUUUCUGUGAUUAUUUGAACAAAUUAUGAUUAUUUAUUAUGUAAUAUAGAACUUUUUAUAUGAUUAUUCCAACCUGACUGAUGAUCAUCCAUGGUUUCUCUAUGUUUUGUAAAUAUUCUGAUUUCAUUGUUACAUACUAAACAGAGCUCUAAAAAACCUAUGUGAAAUUUGCCAUGUCUGUAAGAACAAACAUAGUAAUACUUUAAUCUGCUAGCAUUUGCAGAUAUGCAGUUCAGGACUGGUGCCAGAGCCAGUGUAACCGAAAAGGUUAAGGGUGGAAAUUUUUAAAAUUUAGAGGAGUAAUAAGCAGACAGAUUGCCUCGGGCAACAAAAAAAAAAAAAAAAAAAACUACUGCCAACCUUGAUCCAAAUACAUAAACCAUACACUGUUUAUCAUGUUGAUGCAAAAUGUAGAACAGUGCAGCAAUUAAAUAAUGAAAUUAUGUUUUUUAAAAAAGAAAAAUGAUAAAAUUGACAUAUAUUAAUUAGUCAAAAGUACAUUUUUUCCAUUAACCCGAAUAUCCACCAGAAGCUAAGCAGAGGUCAUUGAACACCUGCUAUUGCAAUCCUGUUAAACCGCCUGGCCAGAUGUGUAUUUUUAUGUUUUCCCUUAGAAGAUUCCUGCAUGAAAGCAUCCUUUCCCCUUAGACAGCUGUCGUAUAGUUUUCCAUCUUCAGUUAAAAGAAAAGACAUUAAUAAAGCAGUGGAAAGAUCUGAUAAUAAAGGAGAAACUCUGUAGAGAUCUGCUUUUUGGUAUAUUUAUUUAGUGUAAACUCCCUCGCCCCCCCCCAAAGAAAAAUUUUCUGUUCAAGGUAAUUUUAGCUUUAAAAAAAGGGGGGAAGACUAAAUGACAAGGGGACAAAUCUAGAUAAUGUAAAAUAUGGUUAAAUACACAAACGUUUUGGGGGACCAGAAAUAGCUGCAAAGUGGAAAUGCAUUUUUAUGUUUCAGUUUGAAGAUUGCUGUUCAAAUUGAAUGAUGUAAAAUGCAGCAUUAAAAAUCAUUUGCUCAGGCAGAUAUUAAAUGACUUAUCAAAAAUGUAAUGUAGUUAUAACCGCUCAGCUUCUAGAGACUUUUUUGAAAAGGUGUAAUCUGAUUGGUUAAUUGUCACUCUGUAUGCAUCACCUUUGUUCCCAUUUUAAAAUGUUUCAGGAAAUAUAAAAAUUAAUUAAAACAUAUUUAUUUAAUGUAUAGUUUUAUUUCUAUGUGCAGCACUUUAUGACUAGUUUUUUUAAUCAUUCAGAUUUUUCAUAAAUUAUGUUAAAAGAUAAAUUUUGAUGAAAAUAUCCAGCAACAUGAUGUUAUAAUAAAUAGGUAAUGGUAUUCCUUUGGAGUCAUGCUAACUGAAUGGGAAAAAAUGCAUAAUGCAGACUAUUGUUGUUUACUGUACCUUUUCAAAUGAACAUGUUUUAAAAUUGGUCUCAGCAUGCAUGUAUUCUUUUUAGUAAUCACCUAGCAUGUCAUCUUUUUAUUGUCAAAUUCUUCUCAUAUGUUUUUAAUCAUAAUUGAGUGUCUUUAUAAUGCAUUGGUCACAGAAAAUGAAUAAUUUUUAUGUUCUAUUAUCAAGUUUCACUCAAGUUUUUUUUUUAAAUAAUACUUGUCUAAAGUACAAAUUGAUGAAGCUUUUAUUUUGCCUGUGUAACACAAAAUGUGUCAUUUUUACAUAACAUUGUUUUGUAUUCUUAAUAGUGUUUGUAAAAUUAAAAAAUAAAUAAAUGCUCAAUAAAUGUU